UAAAUUUUUUUGUGUAUACUUUCCAUUCAUUUAUAAAAUCAGCAAAAUCAUACCUUGGUGUUAGUAUUUAAAAACCGCAACACUGUUUUUCUUUUUCAGAGGUGGGCACAGAAGAAUCGCAAGUAGUUCGAAGUGAAAUCGUGAAACAGCGAACAAAAGAAAGAAAACUGACAUUUGUUUGGGUCAGCAGAAGAACGAAAUAAAAACAAAAUUCAAAAUUAAAAAGAUUUGGUUAUCCGAAUACCAGUAAAGGCAGAGAACGUUGGCUUGUAGCUGCUAGUACAUACAUAUGUGCACAUAUCUAUAACAAUCGUUGCAUACACUACCGAGACUCACUGUGAGCAGCCAAGUUGACAAGUGGAGAGAGUUAGCAAUGUGUGCCGGAAGAAUAAAACAUUGAGAGCACUGUUAUUAUUGGAUAUUGAGUGGAGUUACGCUCACCUGGAGGCACGACAGCGAAAACAAAAAGUUUACAUUUGAUUUUGAUGUGGAAACCAAAUCAAAGGGAGGAACAAUUUUCAGUUAGUUUUUGUUGUUCCGCGACUGCUGUGAAUUGGAUAAUAAACGCGCUUGUCUCACGGACAUAUUAUGGUGCCAUAUCAAAUGAGAAGAACACUAAGAAAAAUUACCUAAAUUAGGAGCCGUGGAAAGAAUAAAAUAUCGUUUGAAAAAUAAAUGAAUUAUAGAGUGAACAGAAUUUCAAUAAAAUUAAUGCGUAAAUUGAUAUUUCCUAGGAAAUCUUUUGAGCCAAAUCGUAUGUAAACACUACUAUGAGAUUGGAUGAAAUUGUUGCGUGGUAUCAGAAAAAGAUUGGCACCUACGAUAAGCAGCAAUGGGAGAAAACUGUAGAGCAGAAAAUUUUAGAUGGUUUUAACAGUGUUACACUUAAAAAUGCAAAGCUCAAGACAGACCUGAUUGAUGUCGAUUUAGUUAGAGGCUCCACAUUUCCAAAAGCCAAGCCAAAACAAUCUCUUCUAACUGUAAUACGUUUAGCCGUGUUGCGGUACUUCUUCUUGCCCGUCUUUUCACGAUGGUGGGUCAAACAAACAUCGCCAAACACGUUCGCCGUGCUCCUAUUAAUGUACAUCACACAAAUGGUCACUUGGGCAAUAUACACCUUCAAUUUACAACGAUUUGGUGGUAUCGAUAACAUAAACUCAUCUUCGUCUUUCAUAGACACAAAUUUGACGAGAAGCAAUGCAACCAAGGCCGAUCUAAAUUAUGGAAGUAAACAGGUAGAAGAAGAGCACGUUGUCACCUUAUCGGACCUGAUUAUACCAAUGGUACUGGGCUUGCUGCUCAGUUUUAUACACUCGCAAAUUGUGGCAACUAAUAUUUUAACUAGUGUAAAGUCCAAACAUAGACGCUGUUCGAACGCCAGCCAGAGUGGCAGACCAUCCCGACAGAGUGGCGAGAAUCGCGUUCGCAGGCGCAAGAAACUUGUGAGAUUGCGUAAUCAAGAUUCUGUUGAUGCCUCAACACAACAACAGCAGGCUGCAAUAGUGCAGCAACAACAACAACAGCAGCAGCAACAGAUAACCACUACACAAAGUACACAACAAACACGCUUAUUAUGUGCCAUGCAAAGAAUGCAAGCAAAUUCUGGGAAGCUAACCAAAAUUAACAAUGCCACUACUAAUGUCGUGGAAUCGGCGCCAAGCAAUGGGGCUGCCGAUAUAAACGACUCCACAAUGCCAAAGAAACGGCCACCAGUGCCACCAAAAGUAACACCAGCUCGCAUUGGCAGCGCCGAGAUCUUCAACAACACCAUCAUUACCACGACCGGCAUUCGUCGCUGCACCAGUCCCGCCAAACUAAAGCUUGAUCUCAAACGCGCAACGGAAACGACGACAACUGCUGCAGACUUCAGCAGUACCAGCACCGAUUGCAAUACCGAUAACCAUAGUCCUACGAGUAGUCAUAGUUUAGGAAAUAAGAAACGAAAUGUGAAUUGGCACUCGCCCAUACAUAAUUACGCUAUAGUAAGUAGCGAACCGACUGUGGUAAGUACACAAGAGAAGCAACAACAAACCUCGCCACAAUCACUGUCAUCCCCCUCCGGCUCCGCUUCAGUAUCGGCAGCGACCACCACCACGACCAGUGAAACUAAUUCUCCGAAUACAAUAUGCGGCUCCACAGGAACAGUGCGCACUAAAAGUGGUGCAACUGACGCCAGCUCUACUACUUCGAGCGCUGACUGCUCUCCCGGCAGCAAAAUGGUACGCAUCGAUACGUGCGUACAAGAAUUCUAUGAUGAUCUCAUAAGGCGCACUGAUUGCCUAGUUUCCGAACAUCGAAAGGAGAAUAUGAAAGACCAAAGUGUGAGCGGCGUUGCUGCUGCGUCUGUGUCUACUAGUGCGCCCAACCAAGGUUCCUUGGCGAUACCAGCACUUCGUAACAACAAUCGACGCCAAAUCUGUGAAGAUGAUGGCUUUGAGAGUCUGAAUGGCAAAAGUUCAAGUGGGGAGGAAAUGAAUAUAGCACUACCGGUUUCGUAUGCGGAAACACCGGUGCUGUCCGAAGAGAAUAAACUACGUUUGCGAUUAAAUGCAACCAACCGGAUAGAACGAUUGGAAGAUACCAGCAGUUAUGAAGGAGAGCCACAAUCAAGCGCUUAUUAUCGUCUGAAACCGCUAAAUGAGAAAAUGCGGCCACUCGCCUCAUGUGAUAUCUAUCAGCCAUCGAGGAAACUAAAUGUUUCCGUUGCAGCAGAUGUAAGCAGUGGCGACACCGAUGAAGAGGGUGACGAUGGAGAGACUAUAUCUAGUCCUGCUUCGCUGGGCAAUGCUUCUAAUUACACCGAGUGUACAACUUCCGCUACAGAAUGGCUUGGUGUAACCACAAACAGUGAAGAAUGCAGUUACAGUUCAGAGUUGGAGAAUUCUGAUAACUAUAAAAGCAAUCAGUUUUCAGAUGAGGAUGGCUACGAUGCAGAUUUCAUGCCCACUACCAUUUUGAAUCCACAUGGCACGUCAGAUCGCAUCAGUUGCACUGUUUGGGAACAACGCGAGAUAAAAAAAGCACAAAUGUCCGUGCUUGAGAUUUCAUCCUGUAUUAUUGAGCGGGUUGAAUCAAUGCCGGAAACAAACGACUACAUCUAUAUUGGUCUGGGCUUCUCAUUCAUUCUCUCUUUAAUACCAUCUUUUUGUCGGUUGUGUGAAGUAACCAUCGACAGCGCCAAUGAAAUUAAUUACCUUGAAGUUCCUAUGCUGUUAUGGCAAAAAGCAGCAUUUUCCUUGUGGACAAUAUUUGGCUUUGCCUUCGGUAAUACUCAGUGGGAGCGCACAGUGUUGGUCAUAAGCUUCCUCCAACGCCUCUGUCUCACUACAAUUCUUUUCAUAGUGUUCGCUGUGGCAGAACGGACUUUCAAACAGAGAUUCCUCUAUGCUAAGCUCUUCUCACAUCUAACUUCAUCGCGUCGUGCACGUAAAUCCAACCUGCCACAUUUUCGGUUAAAUAAAGUACGAAAUAUCAAGACUUGGCUUAGUGUACGCUCAUAUCUCAAGAAACGUGGGCCGCAACGUUCCGUCGACGUCAUUGUGUCAGCGGCAUUCAUAGUCACCUUACUAUUAUUGGCCUUUCUCAGUGUGGAAUGGCUUAAGGACUCAGUGCAUUUACACUCCCAUUUAAAUUUAGAGGCGCUGAUGUGGUCUACAACAAUUGGCAUAUUUUUGGUCCGAUUUAUGACUCUUGGCAACAAAAUACAUCACAAAUAUCGAAGCGUCUCUGUUCUAAUAACUGAACAAAUAAAUUUAUAUUUACAGAUUGAGCAAAAGCCUAAGAAAAAAGACGAACUCAUGGUGUCCAACAGCGUACUAAAAUUGGCUGCUGAUCUGCUUAAAGAAUUGGAAACACCCUUCAAAAUAUCAGGGCUUAGCGCCAAUCCCUAUUUGUUCACCACAGUGAAAGUUGUUAUACUCUCCGCUCUAUCAGGUGUAUUAAGCGAAAUGUUGGGUUUCAAGUUGAAACUUCACAAAAUUAAAAUUAAGUAAA